GGUACAGAAGAGUGAACCAAGGAAUAUUGUCCAUGAUUUCUAUGAAAAGUUCGCUUCUUCCAGUGAAGCAGGUUCUGAUCUGUUAUCAAAAUUUGCGAAGGAACAUGAUGAAAGGUUUAUGCUACUCUGUUCACCUCUUGCCCCAGUUGGCAGUUAUGAGCGAGGCGGACGAGACGUCAUCCGUAGCGUCUCUGCGGGCUCAGGUUGCGGUGUGCCUCCUCUACGAACUGAAGAAGGUGGCAGGUCUACAAUGUUCAUGGUAUCAAAUAGACAAAUGUGGAGUGAGAAAUUUUCAAUGUCACGAAGUGCAGGUGAAAAUCACACAAAUAUGUGCAGGAUGACUUAUGAGCAGGUGACACGCCACGAAGUGUACGAUGUAUCGGAAAGUGAGAGCGAAGAAGAAGAUGCGGUGCCUUUGCCAAUUGGCAGUCCUGCACCUAGUGAGACAAGCUCAAUUACGGCAUCAGAGAACGAGGAACAUAUACUGGCCAUAGAAGCAGAUUCGCGUAGAGUGAAAGCGUACAAAAUUGCUAUGGAGUUGCUAACUACAGAGAGAAGCUAUGUUGCUGUCCUUCGUUUGAUAGACCAAAUCUUCCACUUUCGAGUAGACCAAGAAAAUCGCGCCCAUAACAUGUUUCCGCAGGAAAUGAUACCUCAGAUGUUUUCUAACAUCAAGUCCAUCUACCAGUUCCAUCAUGAAUUUCUCUUACCACAGCUUGAAGCUCGGAUGACAAACUGGGACCAGGAACAGAAAAUUGGUGACAUUAUGAAAAACUUUGCACCGUUUUUGAAAUUAUAUACCGAAUAUGUGAAGAAUUUUGACAAUGCAAUGAAUAUCAUCAGUGCAUUGGCAGCCAAAAAUCAGAGAUUCACAGCAAUAAUGGAUGAAAUUCAUAGAAUGCCAGAAUGUGGGAAUCUCACAUUAUCUCAUCAUAUGCUGAGCCCAGUACAACGUAUUCCACGUUAUGAACUGCUUCUUAAAGAUUAUCUCAAGAAGUUAUCUGACGACUCAUUCGAUAAAGAAGAUACAAAAAAGGCUCUUCACUUGGUGUCGACAGCGGCAAAUCACGCGAAUGAGGCGAUGAAAAAAAUCGAUAAGUUUAAACAGCUGUUGGAAGUGCAGGAGAAAAUUAGUGGUGCUGUGGACCUGGUCAGUCCAACGCGAGAACUUCUCAAGGAAGGGAAAAUUGUGAAGAUUUCAGCCCGCAGUGGGGAUCAUCAGGAGCGUUACCUUUUUCUGUUCAGUGACCUCUUGUUGCUGUGUUCUUCUCGCUUGCUCCCGGCAGCGUACCGUCUGCGAGCUAAAUUCUGGGUAGAAGGCCUCCAGGUCCUGGAGGGUGACAAUCUUGAAACUGCCAACACGUUCUACAUCAGAGAUGACCAUAAGAAUGUGGAGCUGUACACGCAAACUGUGGAAGAGAAGACAAGCUGGCUAGAUGCUCUGUGUGUUGCUAUCGAAGAACUUUAUAAGAGGAAGUCGUCAUUUAAACUGGGGACGAAGUGUUCUAGUCCUGUGGACGCGCAGAAGCCUCCUAACUACAUCAAGAUGGACUGCAUACACAAAUGCAUGGACUGUGGUGGCAGUUUUGGCGUCAUGAAACGAAAGCAUCACUGUAGAGCUUGUGGAUCGGUGGUAUGCGGGAAGUGUUCAAACCAGAAGUAUCCGCUUCCAUUUGAAGACAACCGGCUGUCUCGUGUGUGCCGUCCGUGUCAUCAAAAGCUCUUACAGCAGAGAUCAGCGAGUCCAGACAGAAAUGACUCUGACGCUGAGAAUAUGACCACCAGUUUUUCUAGGGGGAAAGGCUUGUUAGAGGUUUCUGCUGAUGCGGAGUGUGUUCUUAGUGGCUAUUUGCAACUCAAAACAAAUAAAUCAUGGGUUCGAAGAUGGUUUGCUCUUCAUCCAGAUUUUGUGCUGUAUUCAUUUCGAUCACACACAGACCAGCGCGCCAUGACGGCGACACCCGUACCUGGUUACGCCGUGGUUAAGGUAUCGUAUUGUAAAGGAGAAUCCUUCGGUGAAAAAGACAAAGUAUUUAAGAUGUAUCACACAAAGAAGAUGUAUUACUUUCAAGCAGAGUCGCCGGAUGUUGUUGACAAGUGGGUCUGUGCCCUGCAGAUGGCAGCACAAGCAGAACUUCCUUCUUCCUAGAGAACAGAAGAGGUGUGAAAUAUAAGAAGAAGUCUGCACAAAAUAGUUUGUACUAUUUUUUAAUGCUUCCUUAAUCUGUUAGUCGCAUCUUCCAGGAAUGUUUUUUUUUUAUAAUUCCUCUGUAAAAUGAUGAAGUGGAUUAUUAUUCGUAAUUUUGAACACGGGAAUUUUUUCACAAUAGAAAAUCCUUUGUCGUGGCAGGAUUGUUUUGUGUGAAGUAGUCGGUAUUUUUCAGUAAGACUUUAAUGAAACAAGAGCGUAGCGGUAGGUAGGAUAAUCGUCAGAAGGCGGUUCAAGGGGGAAGAAAGCGGGAGCCUCGACUGUUCACAAAAAUUCUCCCAGUAAUCGGUUCACUGAACCGUCUUUGUAUUUGGUAUUACAGAUUUUGUAUCAUUUCCAAGUGCUCUGUGAAUAUUAAUUUAUGUAACAGUUUAUAAAAAAUAGCAGUAGCCAUUUUGUCGAAAUGUUACCAUUUAAUAGAAAGGUUGGGCUUAAUGUGUUACAUAAAUGCAAAGAAGGGAGGGUAGCGUUUGUUAGCAUUUUCUGUACGCACGCAAUACAUGGAAAUUUACGCCGUGUACCAUUUAGUCUUGAAGAUUAUUAGCGGAAAAAAGUUUCCUUGACAUAAUACAUGUAAGAUUGUUGGUAAGAAUUAUUUUGGUGACCAUAAUUGCUAGUGCCAUCGUAAGUCCUAAAAGAUAUAUUUUCAGGAAGUCCCCACGAAUCAGAUUUAUCGUAACAAUCCAGGGUAGAGUCGGGUAAAAUUUGGAAGCGUAGCGAAACUGUACCCCAAGUCAUCGCUAGGAAUCAUUUCCAUCAGCCUAAAUGCUUCAGGGGAUUGCGCCUCGUCCAGGACAGAGGGAAACUUGUCCAAAUCCUGAACUCACUUUUUCGGUCAUCGUCGCCCGUAGUUACCCCAGCACAAGAAUGUAUAGGCCACAUUACAAAAGAGAAGAAGAUAAACACAUAAAAAGUAGAUUCUUACGCCCUGUGAAGCUUACACAUGGGCACGCAGUGCUCUGCCCCACAACUGUGCCGACUUUCUUAAUUGUGAAGGGUCCAAAGAGCCCUCUUACCACAAAUGGAGGCGAAACGUGUACACAUUCUUUAGAUUCUACAAUUUGCCUAAAUAAAUUUUGUAAAUCCCUUU